GGACUGUGCCAGCCAUUUCCAUCUCAGUUGCAUAUUUGCUAGCGUUGGGGUGGCGUGGAAACAGUAUUACCAUACAGCGUUGAGUUUUGUAAUUGGAAUUUUGCUUAUAUUGUGAACCCCCUCAUUAGCAUUAGUUCACGUGAGACCUUCUACCUUUGACGUCUGGUUUCUAUUUAGAUGGCAAGCUUUCCCGACUUUGUAAACGAAAAUGAAAUAGCAAGAUCACGGACCAUUGGGGAACUCAUAACGCCGACUUCUCCAUUUGAACAAAAAUAUGGCCGUGAAAACUGGACAGUGGCUUUUGCUCCAGAUGGUUCCUAUUUUGCUUGGUCGCAAGGUCAUCGUAUUGUGAAACUUGUGCCCUGGUCUCGUUGCCUUAAGAAUUUCACUGCGUGCAGCACAAAAAGUGGUGUUAAUCUAACAAAUGGGAGGUUAUCCAGACAGAACAGUGAUCUUGGACAGAAAAACAAGCCAAUUGAGCACACUAUAGACUGUGGAGAUAUUGUCUGGAGCCUUGCAUUUGGAUCCUCUGUACCAGAAAAGCAAAGCCGCUGUGUGAAUAUAGAAUGGCAUCGCUUCAAGUUUGGUCAAGAUCAGCUUCUCCUUGCAACAGGGUUGAGCAAUGGGCGUAUCAAAAUUUGGGAUGUUUACACAGGACUAUGGCAGUUCGCUGAAAAGUGGUCAUAUUUGCUUUCUAUGGCUAUGAUUGGCUGGAAGGGGAAACGCCCGUCCUGCUCUGGAAAGCUCCUCCUUAAUUUGAUGGAUCAUACUGAAGUUGUCAGAGACUUGACUUUUGCUCCAGAUGGAAGCCUUAUUCUUGUUUCUGCGUCAAGAGACAAAACUCUCAGGGUCUGGGACCUUAAGGAUGACGGAAACAUGAUGAAAGUCUUAAGGGGACACCAAAACUGGGUUUACUGCUGUGCAUUCUCUCCUGAUUCCUCCAUGUUGUGCUCUGUUGGAGCUGGAAAAGCUGUGUUUCUUUGGGAUAUGGAUAAAUAUACCAUGAUCCGUAAACUAGAUGGACACUACAAUGAUGUAGUUGCUUGCGAGUUCUCCCCUGAUGGAGCUUUGUUGGCAACUGCAUCUUAUGAUACCAGAGUAUAUGUCUGGGAUCCCCAUAUUGGGUCUAUACUUUUUGUAUUUGGGCACAUAUUCCCUCCACCUACACCCAUAUUUGCAGGAGGAGAUAAUGGCCGUUGGGUGAAAUCUGUCUCUUUCAGUCAUGACGGUGUACAUGUUGCAAGCCUUGCAGAUGAUAACUUGGUGAGGUUUUGGAGAAUUGAUAAAUCUUAUCCUGUUGAAGUUGCACCUCUAAAUAAAGGAAUUUGCUGUGCCUUUUCAACUGAUGGCAGUGUUCUAGCUGCUGGAACUCAGGAUGGAAAUGCCUAUUUCUGGUCAACUCCAAAGUCUGUUUCCAGCCUUCAGCACUUGUGUCGCAUGGCAAUAAGAAGAGUUAUGACUACAAAUGAAUUCAAGAAGCUGCCUAUACCACCAAAAAUCAAGGAGUAUCUUGCAUACCAAAUGAUGUAGGGAACUUUGACAAAAACAUUGCAUUUGAUUACAUCGGCAGCAAACCCGAGUGCAUUGCAAGCUUUACGCUUUAAAUGUUACAAGUUUUCUUUAAAUAUUUAAAGGACAGUAUUUAAAAAUGUUGCUGCAUUUCCAUUCACUUGAGGCUUUAAAUCUGCAGUGUUUACAUUCUUAAUGUGACAAUUGGACAGACCUUUUGUAUGACUGUGAAAUUGUAAAUAUAAAUGUAAGCUGCUAUGUCUAUUUUAUUGCUUAAAUAUGUAGACCUUGCAUAUAGCUUCUAUAGAAUGUGUGUAUGUUUCAAAAAAGAAUGUGAUAAAUGCUGUUGAGUUAUGUUUGAUACACAGUACAGGGCAGUGGGUUCUGAGGUCUGGAAUUUGCAAAGAACGUGCAAGCAACAAUCCCCCCCCCUCCGUAUUUUAUUAUAGAGCUAAAGUUAACCCUUUGGUCCUUUGUGUAUGUUAACUAGUAAUUGUAUGGACUAUCUUUAUUGAGCUAUGGGCCAAUCACCUUAAUUAUGUAACUUUGGUUACUGAGGUUUGCACAAUUUGGUAGAUGGUGGAUGUUGGUGAUAAGUGGGUUGUUAUAGAUUGCAAUGCAAAUCUGGGUCCAGCAAUACCCUUUCCAGGGCUAAUUUGUUUAGCUGCCAAAGAUGAGCAGUGUUCGCUGUUGCCUUCUGAUGUUAAUUUGCACUCGCAGGUUUAACGAAUGUAUGCAGUGCACAAAAUGCUGACCAUAUAUUUUUGUUGAAUUUUGGCAAACGGUCUAUAAAUAAACUUUUUUUUUUUUCUUUAAAAAAAAAAAAAAAGCUGUUUUCAUUCUUUAAAACUAUGCUUCUGAGUUUGAAAUUAAAAUUUGGAAUAUUUCAAAGCAACUUAUGCUACCUUGUUAACACACACACUUGUUUUUGGUUUAUACAUAUUCCAUACAAACAUAGAAGUUAAGUGCAGUCCAACAUUGACCUUGAAAUAAGCCAGUUCUUUACCAUAUUGCAUGUUGUGGGGCAUAUUAUAAUAAAACCAGGGCUGUGGAGUCUA